CGGUCACAUGCCAGUUCCCAGAAAAUGGCGAAGAACUACGAUUAUCUAUUUAGGCUUCUGCUGGUCGGUGACAGCUCUGUCGGAAAGACCUGCAUAAUUGUACGUUUUACAGAAAAUACCUUUACUCCUUCAUAUAUCACGACCAUUGGUAUAGAUUUCAAAAUAAGGACGAUUGAAAUCGGUAAGUAUGUGGGCACCCGUACAAUAUUAAUGGCGACAUCACGAGUGAAGGUCGUUCGAAUCGAUUUUUUAUGGUUUGUUAGAGAGUACAAUGAAGUGCAAUGAUUAUUACAAAAUAUUUAAGAAGUAUGGGAGAGAACUUCGUUCUUCGCAAGCUAUUUUUGACGUAGAACUGUUGGAAACGAAUUGUACACUCGUCGCCGGUACGAAGGUGAUUUCUGAUUAUGACAAAGAAGCCGGUUGAGUGUUACUCAACCUUUGGAACGUUACAACAUUUCAUGUCACACCUGUCUUGCUUUUAAAGUUUCAUGAUACCGAUCAUAUUUACUCAUAAGUCUGUGCGAAUCAGAGAAGAGCCCUGAUAUAAAAUUAUAUCUAUUUUUUUCGUCUCAAUUUUACUUUAUUAUUGUUGCGUAACUAUUUUUGCAAUGCCGUCCUUGUGGUUAAAAGUGAAACUAGCAUUGCUAAUUCUUUCUUAGAAAGUUUUUUCCUGUUUCAACCAUGUGUCAAUUCUUUAAUUACUGGUGAUUGUUCUUAAAUCAAAGGACAGAAAAAUGUUUACGGCUGUCUGUGAUAAUGAAAGUGAGAUAUCGUUUUUGAUCACGAGGGUUGCUGCCGGAAGUGUAUGUGAUUGGGUGUCCUAUGAAGGUGUCGUCACGCAACGCUUUCGGUGGAAGAAUUACGUGCGAUGGCUGCUACGGGGACUAGAAUUUUUUUUGCUACAAAAGAAUUAUUGAAGAGUUUCGAAUGAUUUUUCUCCUUUUUGUUGUUGCACUAGCCUUGUACAUGAGAGUACAAUCUAUUACCUUGUACUAAAUGUUAAUUUUAAUUUUUAGAUGGCAGAAAGGUCAAACUUCAGAUAUGGGACACCGCUGGCCAAGAGAGGUAUUUGUUACGGCCCCCCUCCUCGCCCCAGCCCCACCUUGAAAAUGUGACAAAAUGCUUUUACCCGCUGUUAUCCGCGGUCCUGGCGUAAAUUAAGCAUAAUGAUAAAAGUGAAAAUUAAUGAAGAGUAAUUGAAGGUUUGCAGUUAAUCUCUACUGCUGUCUAUGAUAUGGUGAUGUGGGCCUUGAAUUUAAUAACAGGCCGUCUCGUAGGUGCGUAGAUAGGAAUGAGAGAUUAAAUAUCUAAGUAUCGCUUAGUCUAAUUUUUCUUUCCGUCUUGGGAGAUAGCACCCUCCUUAACAUUUUUUUUAGAGGUAAAACCAUCAGCUUUUGAUCUGUGUGAUAUGAGUUAGAUAACGCGCGAGAGAAUUAAGUAUUCUUGUGCGAGUUUAGUUAUUUGCAGGCGCCUACUCGCGUCUCCACCGCGGUCAAAGUUCUUAAGCUUAGCUGGUCGGAUUCUCUCAUGUUAAUCAAACCCUCCCCUUUUCUGUUUUUGUUGUUGAUUUUUAGCUCGCGUGACCUACAGCUUGCAUCCGAUGCCGUCUUGUGAUAUUCUUGCGCCCGUUGCUGCGCCAAAUCUUAUCCAUCAAUUGCUCCAAAGCUAUCUCUAGUUUUACUGCAUGAGGUGAUAAGAAGUUUAAAAGAACUGUUCUUACUCGCGAUCAGGCCCUCACUAUAAGCACCUCGAUACGUGUGUUACUUCGCCCGCUGGAAAGCAACGAGAGCCGACGAGAGGUCUGCAAGCGGUCAAGCACUCAUUACUAGUGCCAGACCUCUUACAAACCUCUUCCCGACUCGUAUCAAAUCUUUCCGCGGACGGAGAAAAGGGCCUCAUGAGGGGCUGAUCGGAGGCUACAACUGUUCUUGGAUGACACGCUACUUCGUUGCAGGUAGCCCAUGCUUUGUUACGUUUCGCAGACAUGUAGCCUGGGUUCGUUCAUGUCUAUAUUUCAGGGUGGACAGAUGGUGGAGAGGGGCGCUGUUAGGAUUAAGUGCCGUAUCAAAGAACAUUACACAAUUUCUUAGCUCCACUUAAGAUUUUUUUAUCGCAAUAACAGAUGCGGGUCUAAACCAGAGCAAGAUUUGUCUUAUUCUGACUCAGCUUCUUAAUGUUAUUUUUCACCACUUUUUAUGUAGAUUCUACACAAUUACUGCCACAUGUUACCGCAGAGCAAUGGGAAUCAUGUUAGUGUAUGACGUCACGAGCGAAAAGUCCUUCAAGGGCGUGGCAAGCUGGAUCAGCAAAAUUGCAGAAAACUGCGACAAAAACAUCAAUAAAAUCCUACUCGCUAACAAGUGUGACCUGAAGGAAAAGCGGGAAAUUACACGAGAGAGGGGCGAGGAACUAGCUGGUAGACUUGGGAUUCCUUAUGUGGAAAUAAGCGCGCUGUCAAAUUUUAAUGUAGAAGAAGCAUUCGCAACAUUAGCGAAAGACAUAUUCAAUAGCCUGUCGCAUUCUGGAGAAAAUGGAGAAACUGAGAACGACUUUAAGCCAGCGAAAAAGUCAUCUUGUAUGUCGUGCUGACGUCAUUUGCCAUUUUUCAGUGAAAUGAACCAAAUAAUUUUACAUCUCCCUCAAAAUGAAGCCACCGGAAUUAUUUGCUUUAUAGGAGGGGCUGUAAAGUUUCUAUCGUGAAUAGUUUUAGGUUAGAAGAAAGAGAAGUAUAUGUAUGAAAUGCUAUAUAAAAUGUAGAUCACCUACUGAUACUGUAAUUUAUUAUUGCAGUUUAUUUAAUCUUUUUUUUGGUUCAGCUGGUGCGCGUGCAAUUCGUCUGGACUGUUAGAUAUAGUAAUAUAGUAAUAUAGUUAUGGUUAUAGUUAUAGUUAUAGUUAUAGUAAUAGUAAUAGGACUGAGUCGAGUCCAAUUCGGUCUGUAAUCGUAGGAGUGAUAAUUAACAAAAUGGACGACUGCGAAGCGGAAGUCCGAUUUGUUAAUUACGAGUAUCAUUAAUAGAUGAAAUCAGUCGGUUCAGCUUACACACGUGGAUGGCGGUUUUAGUUGACUUGGCGAUGUUAGCACAGUUGACAGAUUCCUGAAAAACAUAUCCUUGCCUUAGUAAUGCAAGUUUAAUUGGUUUUUGAGUGAAACAUGAUAUAUCUUUUUUCUUCUAUUUAACUGUUUCUAACCUUUUUAAAAUUAUUUGCCAGAUAUCACAGACGUGAAAGAUUUUGGAUUGGUAGAAUUUAUGCGUCGAUCAAUUCGAAGCCUCAACAUCCCACUUCGGGCAACCCCCCCAGGCAACCCCCUGGGCAACCCCCCGGGCAACCCCCCGGGAAUUUGAACUUUUGAAGAUUGAUUUGUUCAAAUUCCCGCAAUCUGGGGAAAAAUUGUGUUCAUCUGUCGCACCCAAUUUUUCGUAAAGGGAAAAAUCAGCGACGGUGACUUUCUAUACAUUGACCCAGGUUUAAAACCUAGACUUUGUAGACCUUUUAUUUUCAGCUAUUUGCUCGCGAAAGUGAAAUAUUUACCUUAAACAUGCCCUCAGUUAAAUAUUGCUGGAAAGACUUGACAACUCCGGUUCAAGUUCACUGCCACAGUCACGCAAGGUUUACCUGUCCCUUACCCCUCCCCCCCACAGCACGGACGACGAUCAAAUGCCUGCGGGUUGCCCGGGGGAUAUUGAAACUUCGAAUUGAUUAGCGCAUUAGUUGAAUGAAAUUCAACGACAAGCUGAUGAUGGGUUUCCAAAAAAAAAUAAAUCAUUUUUCUAUGUUACCUAAAAAACUAUCAGUUUAUGUGUACUGUAUGUGACUUGAUGAAAGCACCAAGUCAUGAAUGGAGAGGAUGCUAUAAAGAAAUUGAGGUUGGAGGCUAUUGUCAGUAUUCGUUGGUGAAAUUGUCAAUUUUGUUAGUCAGGGAAAUUUUACGUUUGUCAGGGAAAAUCAAGAAAUUUCAAAGUCCUAUGACUGUGGAAGUGAUGCUUAAAGGAAGGUUUUGAAGAGGUGAUAAAAGGGAGAAGUCUUCAAAUUACUCGUAUUCGGCUUUCUAAAGAUACUGCUAGUCUAGCUUGAAAUGUUUCUGUUCCUCUACCUGUCACGUGGUUGAUCCGUAAGUCUGCGUUCUAUACUCGUUAGGCUUCCCUUUUCCGAUUUUUAUCGUAUUUCACCACAGCUAUGACAUUUUCGUGAUAUAGCCGUUACCAAAACGAAUUCAAUCCUAUUUUUCCUUUAAGUUCCUUUUUCUUCCGUUUUUUGUGGCACCUGAAAGGCCUCUACCUUAUAGCGCUCCAUGGUUGCUUCAUUUCCGGUUCCGGUUAGCAAUUAAAUACACUCCCCACUCCCCAUUAACGAUUCCUUCAGUCACGUAAUACACAGUGCGUUCGCUUAUAGAACCAAGCUUCUAAAAAUGGCGAAGCAGAAUUUUGACUUGUUUUUCAAGCUUCUUCUGAUCGGAGACAGCGGGGUUGGGAAGACGUGUAUAAUAUUUCGAUUCGCUGAGAAUACUUUCAAUCCGACUUUCAUAUCAACUAUUGGGAUCGAUUUUAAAAUCAGAACUCUAGAACUCGGUAAGUAUAGCCCGUACAAUGCAGUAGACGUUUGCUUGAAUGAACAGGAAAUUAGAACCGCGAACUGUUUUUCACUUGAUUGAGAAAGGAGAAUUUUUCUGUGUUUACUUAACACUAGACAAGUCUGCUAGUAUCUGUGAUCUAUAUUUAAUGCAUGGCACCAUAUUUCAUUGCGUGUUUGCCAGGGAAUUAGCGCUUAGAAACUAGGGAACUUUCGCGUACCGAAUGUAAUGGCAUUUACAUAUUUACGGUUCAGGUAGAUGACAUUCAAAUUAAACCAUAGAAUUCUGCGCCACUUGAAAUAUGUCGAGAUGGGUGAUUUCACUUUGAUAUGCUAGAAGCAGAAAAUUUCGACGUAAAAUUCGCUUUUGCUGUUGUUUUUCAAUUUUUCAACGGAGGAAUAUUUUCACUUUCACGGAUCAUUUACUUGAACAUGAUUACAGCGGCCUGAAAUUGACAUUAGCGAUUGUUUUGAAUUAGGGAGAUUUUAUUUGCCCCAAGGUUUCGCCUUUUAUAAGCUUUUAAAACAAGGAUCUUACUCACAGCAUACAAAGCUUUACCACUAGGACAAUCUUUACGUCAAAAGUGAUUCUGUUAAAGGAAAACAUUGGCGUUUGAUUGUAUGAAGCAGGCGUAGAAUCCACUGGAUGCUAUAUUGUUAUUGAAAUUAACAUCUUUCGCUCUCUGUUGUCAAACGAUGAAUUUCAUUUUUCAUUGUUUUCUUACUUUCAGUUAAGAAACGAAAGAUAUACCUCAGCUUGCGUGUUGUCUAGCGAAAACAAAAAAAACAACAAAACAAAAAGAGUAAGGAAUUUCAAAAGGAAAUACUUCUUUCUAAUAUCUUAAAUUGUUUGGGGAAGUGGAUAUGACGUAAGCGAUAAUUUUUAAGCUAAUGAGAGCAAUAUGACAUAACGUAUUGCAAUCUAACCUGCGAAAUAUGUUGAUGCUUUCCUUUAAAGGAAAUAUUCUCCUACAUAUUGGACCUGAGGAAGCAUCACACCAUGUACUCGAAACUACUUACAUGACGAAUUCUUGUGGUUCACAGUUACGUAAAAAUCUUUGAAAUUCGCUGUUCGUAACGCUAUAAAUCCAGUCUUGAUCAAAGUGUACUUUCUUCUUUAGACUUCAAUAACUUGUCUGAUAGGAAGGGAUCUAUUAUGAAGAAAAUAUCAUCGUUAUCGGUUUUCAUGCGCAAUGAAAAAGCAAAAAUACGCCGAUUUGUUUUCCUCCAUUGCGGUGAGGAAGGAUGCUUGUCAGUAAAAUAUAAGUUUUGACCUCUAACCCUUGAUUGACAGUGUUUCUUCCGCACGGCAUACGUUUUACGAGCGUUCUCCGCUCGAUUUAACAGAACCUUUUCAUAACAACUGAAAAGACCCUUGCGUAAACGACAGACUAUAAUUGAUUGAAGCUUAUCCGCAGUUAUUAUACUUUCAUUGUAUAGCCUUGAUUGAGGGCUUAAAGGGGAAAUCAACUGAGAAUAAAGCACUCAAUCAUGACGUUCCUAUGGAACCUUCGUCUCCUUCCACGAUGGCCUUUGCGUUGUCACGCAUUAUACAAGACGUUGUGUGACAUCUCUAGUAUCGACUACGAAGGGAUUUAUUAGGGUUUCUGCGUGUGAGGCAAUUAAUUUCCCUAAUCAAAUGAUUUUUAUUAUCAUCAAAAUUUAACGGACUCGCGAUUCAAAGGACUAUUGGUGUAUUGCUCUAAGACGAAUCAGAAAUACGCGUAUAUGCUUCAUUUUGAUCAAGUUUCCUGUCCAACUUAUCUGUUGUUAACAGCUGGCAACUGAAGUGUUACUUACAUCCGCUCUGAUAAGGCUUUUGAUUUGAUUGUUUUUUCAGGUGGAAAGAAGAUAAAGUUACAGAUUUGGGAUACUGCGGGACAAGAGAGGUGAGAAAACGUUUUUCUGGGGCCAUCCCAAUGAAAGUUUUCGUUUCACAUCGCCUUCCCUUUCAUGAAAAUGGAUCCAUGCUAUUGGUCGAUUUAAAAAACUGAAAUAAAAAUAAUUGAUCCUAGGAAAAGGUUGGAUGGGCGCACUUGCCUGGUAACUGUUUUCCAAACCCAGAUUUGGUAAAUGCAAUCAUGAAAAUUGAUCCUCUGCAAUAUAUUAGGAAUCAACUUGAAUUUAGUCGAAUAUGUCGAUUUUGCUAGUCAGCCAGUGUAUCUUCCUCUCUGAAUGAGAAGUAUGGAAAAUGUUGCUGUCGCCCUUGUCUCUACAUAUCAUGGGACUUUUUUCUAUUUCACUCCUUUAUCAGUGGAAGUUUAUUUUCGAUGGCAAUUAGUUUCAUCUUAUUUUGUUCUGUAGGUUCCAUACCAUCACAACAGCUUACUACCGCGGUGCCUUGGGUAUCAUGAUGGUGUAUGACGUCACGAAAGAAAAAACAUUUCACAACAUUUCGAAAUGGAUGAGGAAAAUCGAAGAAAACGCGAACGAAGAUGUUGAAAGAAUUCUUGUUGCAAACAAAUGUGAUCUUGUGAGUCAAAGACAAAUAACAAAAGAAAGAGGAGAGACGUUGGCCAAAAAUCACGGAAUUCGACACGUGGAGACCAGCGCACUUUCCAGUGACAACAUCGAUCAUGCUUUUACUCUCCUCACACAAGACAUUUUAAACAAAGUGUGCCCUCCAGUCAGAGAAGAGAAUGUGAAAAAUGGUAAGGGCAAAAAGAAAAAGGUAAAUCUAAAGGGAUCUGCGGGCUCGCAUCACAAGUCUUGCUGUUAAAACUUUACGUCAAUCAAGAGUUUGGGUAAAUUUGUAAAUGUAAAUAUUUGUUUUUUUUCUAUCCCGGAAUAAAGAACAUCAACGGAUAGAAAACCGUUUAUAUAAAGAAGACUUUUGGACCGAGUAUUUAACAUAUGAAGGUUUUUAAAUGAUAGUAACAUUUAUCUUCUCCAAGAAUAGUAUGUGAACUUUUGUCAAUUUAUAGUAUAGAGAAGUAUGCCAGCAGUGACGGUCCUGAAGGUACAGAUAUUGAGACAUGCACGACAGGAUUCAAACACAGGACUUUCCUUUUGUUUUUUGGUCAUGGUUUUGGACUAGAAAGAAAUUUUGCUUGAAUUUUUAAGUUUGCCAUCGCAUAACAGUCUGUUUUAAGCUUUUCUUUGCUAUUCUUGCUUUCUCUUGGUUUAUCAGAGUACAUUUUUGUUGAGUGCGUCAGCGUAAAAACCAAAUUAACCAAUUAAUCUGUCUAAAGCGCGGUAAAACGUGAGUGGCCAUGGGGCGAUGGAUUUGCAUUUUCUUCUGAUUGGUUGAAUUUUAGACCAAUCGAAGGCUGCCAUGAAACAAAAGCAAUCAGUUGAAAAUAAUUAUAUUGCCUUUUUGUGUUUUCUGUCUUACUUAUUUACGCUCUCCUUUUAAAACGAAGGUAGUUUUGAGCACAUUUAUUGCGACAUCGAUUCUUUCACUUCUUUUUUAGCUUCAUCGUGUUCUUUAUAUCGAGGUUGCACAACAGGCAUAACAAUUUACAUUGAGAUAUAUUUCAGAGUUUCAUGAUAUUUAUAUACGUAUUUGCGUCUGAUCUAAUUCAUCAUUAUGGAAAAAAAAAGUUCAGUGAGUAGAGAAAUUGUUUGAGUACAAUAGCGAUUACAUAAUCCUGAAAGUACACUCCAAACAUCGUGAUGCUAAGAACAUUUCGCGAAAAAAUAGAAUAAUUUGAUAAGUACAAAAUCUUUGAAAAAAAAAUCAAAUAUCGUACAGGAUGAGAUAUUGUAUAAAAAGAAAUGUAGAAAAAAAAAUUUUAACCUUAUAAUAGGUGCAUAUGCUGACUUUGUUGUACUCUUGAAGAAUUCCAUCAACCCCUAAGAUCUGAUUGUUUAUUCUUCCCUCCUGCUCCUACACAUUUCCUUGUAAAUUAGUUACGAGAGUUUGGUGGUAGAUCAAGAUUAAGACUUCUACCUGAUAAAUUUGAGUAUUCUCAUCACCUGCUUGCUGGAUAAUGUAUGGAUAUUAUGGGGAGAAUUUACAUGUUAAUCACUUCUGAGGUUUUAUGGGGCAAUGAAAAGAUGUUUCUUAGGGAUAGAUGUGAAUUUUUAGAUCGAAGACUUGAAUUGCUUGAAAUGCCUGUUUUUAAUUUAGAUCUGAAACGUGGUGUUCUCUAGGUUGUUUAAACGCGAAUGCGAAACUUCAGUUACAAAUACAGGGUAUGGAAAUAGUGUAGUAUUCUAUUUUUUUUAAUUAAAAACUUGUAUCCUUAUUUCGAUAUCAGGAUGUUUACUAUGCAAAGCUUGUCAAGUGAGCUAAUAUCUAAAAUUCUCACAAAGAUUGUAA